AUGCUUUUAUAUUAUACAGUACUUCCGGUCCUGUGGCUUUGUGCCAUUGUCAGUGCCAACACCGAGACUUUACGGAUCAGGAUACCUAGGCAAUUCAAGACCUCUGAGCUAACAAGGCAAGUUCAUGACAGUUAUAGCAUAUUAAAGAAUUUAGAAGAUACAGCAAUUGUUUCAGGUAAUAUCAAUAGCACGAGUCCAUUUCAUGUGAUUGAGGUGAGGAGUAAUUGGAGUGGUACAACGUUGGAUGUCAGAGUAUCAUGGACAGCAGCAGAUGGAUACAGUAUAAAUGAUCUUGGCUAUCUGCUUAUAACUAAAGAACACGAAGUUGUUACACCAUGGUCAAAUGAAACUUUCGAAGGACUCCAUGAGAAGCUAUACGUAUAUUUUAAAGUUGUUCCAGAUAGUUAUCCGCUCUUAGAAGAUGGUCAAGUAUUCAAUGUUGCUAUUAACAUUAAGGAAACGUUUUUGGGCCUUACAUCAGACUUAUAUGUAAUGAUAGCGUAUCUAAUUGUGCUGGCAAGUAUAUCCAGAUUGGUGGUGGUUCAUGGGUGGAAACUGUUGUCGCCUUUACUGUAA